UCUAGACGUUUGCAAAAAUAAAUACCCAGGCUGAAAAUAAUCCCUGGCUUAAUUUACUUGUUUUUAACUAGGCUAUCCUAUAUUUUUGUGCUAAUUCGUUAUUAUGAUAGCUCGGCCGUGGACCGACGACUUGCCAAAAUGCAAGAAUUCCUGUGUAGCGUCAUAUUUUUCGCGUCUAGGAGGCGGAAAUACAAACACCACGGAUGAUUAUCUCUGUUUUUACUGCCAGACUGAAGAUAACUUUUCUCUAUAUGGAGUAUUUGAGCCCCACAAUGGACUGGACGCAGCCAGGUUUAUCAUGCAGAGGAUGGCUGCGGAGAUCCUGUUCCCGCCACCUUCCGCUAACACUGAUGAAGAGAUUAGGGAACGGCUGAGAAAUGCUUUCAUAUCAGUAGAAAAAGCGUAUACAGAGAACUAUGACGGCAUGAUUGCUGAGAGAACCAGCUUGCAGUACCAGUUACAAGUUGUAGAUGCACAGGUAUCCCAAAACUUCAACAUCCUAGCCCGACUAAAAGAAAUAGACGUGCACCUAUCCGGAGGUGCCGCAGUGGUCAUCGCCCUAGUCCAUGCCAACAAACUGUUUGUAGCCCACGUCGGAGACACUAGGGCUCUGCUGUGUAGGACCGAUGAUAAUGCUGUGUUGAGAGUGGUGCAAUUGACUGUGGAUCAUAGCUUGAAUAAUGAGGAUGAGUUGCUGAGAUUGCAGCAGUUGGGACUAGAUGUUAAUAAGUUGAGGAAUGCACAAUACCUAGGUAAUCAGACAGGCACUAGAUGUCUAGGCAACUACCUAGUCAAGGGGCUGUAUAAAGCGUUCCCCACCAUCAGUGCCGCAGUCUCCGAGCCUGUCAUAGCUGCUCCGGAGAUACAUGGACCCAUACUAUUAGAUGAGUCUUGCAGAUUCCUAGUCCUAGUAAGUGCCGGAGUCUACAAACGCAUACAAGAAUCCAAAGGAAGUUACGAGCAAACCAACAAACAGCUCGCGCAAAUGAUUGUAGAGAACUUCAGAAAACAGACCGACUUCCGAAUGGUCAGCCAAGCUGUUCUCGAAGAAAUCGAACAAGAAUUCGUCUCCUACUGCGUAAAAAAUAAUUUAACACCGAAACCUAACACCCAUAUGUCUUUAUUAAUAAGAAACUUUAACUUUUUACCUACAAACGAAGAUGAAAUACCACCGAAUCAUAGUGUAACUAAAAACGCCUCUGUUCGAUUCAAUCCGAUUGUACAAUCGAAAUCGAAUACUCUACUUAACGAAAUCGAUUCGGAAAUUUACUCGUCGGGAACGAAUGAGAUUGAAACGAACGAUUCGAAUAUCGAUACUAAUCGGUCUAUGGAAUCGACUUCGGAUAUUUAUCCCGUUGGUAGGCCGUUUGAUAGGGAUCGGAAGAUUAAGGGGUAUGUUGAUUUUUCUUGUUAUUUUGAAAAUGUUGCUAAAGCUCGAAAAAAUGGGACUUUGCCGGAUUUUAUUAAGUAAUUUAAGCGCCAUGUUUUUAUGUUACAGUAAAAGAUUGUAGUGUAGUAAUUCUGGUCACAAUUUUUAGCUUCUGUUUGUGAUACAUAUCACUUAAAAAUCACAUUAAGUUACUUAUAAGUAGUGUAUUUGAUUUGUCAUUUUUAGGGUUCCGUAGCCAAAAUGGCAAAAACGGAACCCUUAUAGUUUCGUCAUGUCCGUCUGUCCGUCUGUCCGUCUGUCACAGCCGAUUUACUCGGAAACUAUAAGUACUACAGUGAUGAAAUUUGAUGGGAAUAUGUGUUGUAUGAACCGCUACAAAAAUAUGACACUAAAUAGUAAAAAAAAGAAUUGGGGGUGGGGCCCCCCAUACAUGUAACUGAGGGAUGAAAUUUUUUUUUUCGAUGUACAUACCCGUGUGGGGUAUCAAUGGAAAGGUCUUUUAAAAUGAUAUAAAGUUUUCUAAAAAACAUUUUUCUUAAAGUGAACGGUUUUUGAGAUAUCAGCUCUCAAAGUCGUAAAAAGUAUGUCCCCCCCCCUCUAUUUUUAUAACUACGGGGUAUAAAAUUCUAAAAAAAAUAGAGGUGAUGCAUGCUAAUUAACUCUUUCAACGAUUUUUGGUUUGAUCAAAGUAUCUCUUAUAGUUUUUGAGAUAGGUUGAUUUAACUGUAAUUUACGGAACCCUUCGUGCACGAGUCCGACUCGCACUUGGCCGGUUUUUGAGAUUAAUUAAGCGGUGAAAUCUAAAACUACAGGGUUUUUUAAAAUAACGCUUACAUGGAUGUUAAUCCAUUUUUAUAUUUCUAAGAAGUAUUUAAAAAUAACCGCGGACAGUAAAACAUCAUGAGGAAAUUACAACGUUAUUUAACAUUAUUUUCUAAAUCUUAAAUGUAUUUUCAAUGGGUUAACUGCUUUUAGGUCCUAAGUUGACCACUAGGUUAUUAGGCCCUUAACACUGUUUCAAAUAAUAUAAUCAUUUUGACUUGCCAUUUUUUUAACAAAACCGAUAUGACGAAUUUUGAGUACUUAUUCAGUGUAGGUAGGUAUGUUAAUUAUCUACUAUUUGUGUUUUAUCCUGUAAAGUGACCAUUUUGCCUUAUAAAUGAAAAUAAAGUAUUUGAAUGUAAUAAUGUAUUAUUAUGACAAUAUUAGAUAAUUGUUUGUUGUGUAAAUAAAAUCGUUAUUUUAUA